GAAAAUCGCAGGUUGCCUUAACCGCCGGGAUUGGAGCAAGACUACAUUGACCAUCAUGUAGCGAGAGUUUUGCUUUGGGACUACCUUUCCCAUGCGCCCUUGCGGAGGAGGAGGAGGAGGAAGACUCUGGCCUUGAAGGACUCCGGUGGCGGGAAAGCGAGGCAGCCCUGGCAGAGCGUGGAGCAGAGCAUGGAGCAAUUCGUCCAGGGUCUUUUCCAGGGGAGCCCAGACCUCAGCACCCUUACACACGCCAUUGUGCAGAAGAAAUAUCUUGCCCAUGUUGGGAAGGAGAAUUUGACGAAAGAGGAGAAAGUUCAGCUCAAGCGGCUGAUAGAGAAAGAACUGCUCCAGAUUCAGAUUGAAGAUUCUGGCGACGAAGAGUCGUUGACUAAAUUACAGCCUUCGACCAAAUCUGGGGGCAAAAAGAGAACUUUCUGCCUCUCUGAUAGCUCUGAAGAUGAGGUAGAAAAGAAGCAUGAACAGAAGAAGCGACGAACUGAGAAGGAGCUGGAACUCAGUUCCGAUGAAGAGGACUCCGGGAUUGACUCCAAGAAGGCACAAGUCUGCCUUGGCCCAAAAUAUGCGGGGAAAUCCUUGAGCUCUCCUGACCAUGGAGAUUCUGGGGCAGAAGGUCACGAUGACGCAUCAGGGAGCGAGGAGGAGAGCACGAAAAGCAACACCACACCAUUGGUUUGCCUGUCCAGCAAGAGGCGGCAAGGCAGAGGAAAGGGGGAACAGUCAGGGAGUGAGUCAGAGGAGAGCAAAGGUGGGAAAGGAAGUGACGUUGAAGAAGAGGUCAGCACACCAAGGAAGGCAACCAGCGGCCAAACAGGAGAGUCGCAGGAUAAUUCUGAGCGGGACCAUCAAGGCCGCAAGCUCCAGAAGAAGAAAGAGAUGGACAGAGAACCUGGUAAGGUAGAGAAAGGUCCGUGCAGAAAAAAGGGUGCACAAAGUAGGGAAAGAGAGACGGACUCAGAAGAGGAAAUGAAGCUAUCCGAGCUGCGUAGAAAGAGGAGAACUGAUCGGAGUAACAGUGAAAAGGAACGGGUCGGAGGGGAUGGCUGGAAGGCUAAGAUCGCAGGAGGCCCAAGAGGCCGGAGGGCUCAAGAGCAGAGCCAGAGCGAGGAUGAACCUGACUGCGCUUCAGGGGAGAAUCCGAAAAUGCAGAGGAAGGUGAGUGGCUAUAAACCCCGAAUGAAAGAUGCAAGCGUGGAGGAGUCGGAGAGCGAUUCGGAUGAGAGUGGGGGUAACGGCCGGACUAAGAAAGAUGCACGCACGACCAAAUCCCAGAGGGCAAGUGCGGAGGAAUUGAAGUCAGACAGUGAUGUGGAGGAGGAGGAGGAGGAGGUGAUGAAGAAGGGGGUAAAAAAACAAGGAACGAGAAAGGCCCAGGUGAAGAGGACGAGCAGGAAAGAACUGGGGGGAAAUCAGAACCGCCGGAAUCCAAUAAAGCCGCAAGGUGGACUCAAGCCCGCGAGAAGCUUGAACAGGAAACCAUCAGGAAGUGCAGCAGGGGAAGAGAAGGGCUCGGGACGAAAAAAGAAGGCAACAAGGAACUCCAGCAGCCAUGAAAGCGAGUCCCAGAGUGAGGAAGACCGGAAGGGGAAGGGGAAAAAGCCAUCUGAGAAGAUAGCCGUUGGCAGUAGUGACUCAGAAAGCAGCUCUGAAGAAACUGCGGGUGCGAAUCAGAGACAAAGGAAGAUGUCCGAAGAGAGGAAAGCGAACGAGGAGGUGUCUGGGAGUGAAUCUAGCCAGGAGGAAGACGAGGCAGAAAAGAAAGGAGCUGAGAAGCCCCGGCGGGGAAGCGUCAGUGAAGUGGAAUCAGAGAGCCACUCCGAAGACUCUGGCAGUGAGUCUGUGGGAAAGGUGAAAAACAAAAGUCAGUGGGCGAAAGCAACACCAAGGCCCAAAGGCAGAAGUCACAAGAAGGAAGGAAUGAGCGAAUCGGAUGAGGAGGAAGAGCUCAGGAGCUCAGGAGAGGAAGAUGGCUCUAGGCCUUCCAAACAAGGAAAGGACAAAGGGCAUCGUUCCACAAAGGGUGAGGACCACCCUUCAGUCCAGCGCCUGAAGCGCUACAUCUGGGAGUGCGGGGUGCGCAGAAAUUACAAGAAGCUGCUUAUGGGAUGCCGUUCCCGCAAAGCUCAGUUGGAAGUCUUGAAGCAGGAGCUGGAAAACCUGGGCCUGAAAGGGACGCCCACUCUAGCCAAGUGCAAGGCUCUGAAGAAAAAGCGCGAAGAAGCUGCUGAAAUGGCUUCACUCGAUGUCAGCAACAUUAUAACGACAGAAGGCCGCCCAAGACGUCGUAAUGUCUGGAGUCUCUACAGCAAACCGGAGGAACCACCCGGAUCCCCGGAGGAGUCACCCAUCCGCCGUCCUGCAACGGACUGGUCCCGCCUUCGAGGGAUCAUCAGUUCAGACGACGAAAGCGAUUGAGUGCAAGGCAGAGGGGAGGGCAUCUAAGCUCUUAUGACCCUAGCGUUGAGGAGAAGAAAGUGUUAAAUUGGGAAUUGUCCUUUGAUGACCUGGAAGAUGUUCUUAGCUCUCCUCUCUUGAUACAGCAAGGGGAAAAGCUGAACACCUUUUAGUGUGGAUUUCUGUCACCAGGGAGAAGGCAUAAGUGGCUUAUGUUGACCACAGAGAUUGUUCCCCUUCUAGUGUCAGAAGCAGUGGGCAGAGUGAGGGGGUAAACUUGUUCCUUCAGAUACCGCAAGUGCAUAGUGCGUAACUAUGCUUGGGUUGAAACAUCAGUCAAGCAAACGAUCUUCAUCCUCACGGGAAAAUUCUAGAGGAGUGGCAUACAUGUGUAUAUGUUCUGUAAAUAGUUGUAUUAUUUUUCUGAGUUUUAUCUUCUGUGUUCUUAAUUAAGCAUGAAGGAGAGUUAUUUUCAUUUCAGACAUGAAGUUAAACCAUGUGGCACACGAAAAUGGCUGGACUUGCCCUUGAACAUCUAGAGGGACAGAGUUAAACACCCCUGCUCUAAAGCAACCAAUAUUCUGGGACAAGGGCUGUUCCUUUCUGUGUCCUGAAUGCCACCGCCACCCUCCCCCACUUUAUUUUCGUUCAUCCAUUAAAGAAUCUGAUUCUGGAAUGGACCCUAUUCAGAUGGAAACAGAUGCACCUUUGUAAUGGGAAGCAUAUAUUGUAGUAAGUGUUGUGCUUUGUACGACUGAAAUAUUCUUUGUACAACUGAAAUAUUCUUUUUAUAUUUGUUAAAUAAAGUCUUCUAUUGGA